AUGCAAUUUACUGAUUCCCCCCACAAAGUAAUCGAGAACGACUACUGCAAACUGUCUGGGGCUGUAAACUUCUUGUCUGUCAAGAUAGCCUCUUCAGAUAUUGGCUUCCCGAUCCAUGUGUAUGGCACUGUCAUUGUCGGGGACAGCAUCGAUGAGAAGUGUGUUUAUCACUUCCGCCGCGACCCUGACCAUUGCCAACUCAUCAAUUCUGAGGCUGAAUCGUUGAUCUUGACUGGGCCGAAACGUGGGCUCGAAUUGUGUGGUUACAUGUAUGUGGAGAUUGAUUUAAAGAUCAAGGAUCAUCUAGGACAGCCCAGAGAAUUUAGUAAAGGACUCUUAAGCAUCAGUGACCCAACAAAUUGUGCAUCGAUGGUAUCUAUGGUCGAAACUAUAUCCCUUGCUACCAGGCUCAGUACUGUGGACGUGACUUAUGCAGUUGUGAAUCAGGCAGCUGAGGGAUUUAUUGCAGUUGAAGUUCUGCAGGGAGGUUUUCAUGGAAAAAUCACUGCAUACACCACCAGUGUCAAGGACAUACUUGUGCUUUAUGACAGCAAAGAGGCUGAUGCUACGACCUUUGAUGAUUGCGGAGAUAUCCUGCAGCUUAUGCGGCCUGUCGUAUCUGUCCACGUUGAGGAUUUUCUGAUAAUUCUUUUCCACACCAGUGACGGUAAAUUAGAGAGCAUACAAUUCACUCCAAUGUUCAACGGCAGAGAUGAAGGUCAAAUUACUGUUGGUGCUACCAAGAUGCGUGUGAAGCUUGCUUGGUCGGUACACUACCCUUGACUGUGCUGUUAAUUAAGCUUCGUCGGCAGGACCCUUGACGCUUCACUAUUGUAGCUACGUCUGGUGAUGCUGUCGUCAUCUUCGGUGGUUAUGUAAACUUAGUGGGACUUUAUAAGCAAAACAGUGUGUGUAACUACCCUAUUGUGCUUGGCUGUUAUAUUUGAACCAAUUUUCUACCGUGUUGGGUUUGUUGACCACUAUCUAAUAUGUGGGGCUUGUUAUGCUGAACCACUAUCU